AAGCUAAAACAUCAGGCACUUGUUAUGUCAGCAUACAAUAAGACUGAUGUCCAUCCAUCAACCUUCAUCCUCAUUGGCAUUCCUGGGUUGGAGGCUGCCCACAUCUGGAUCUCCAUCCCCUUUUGUGUGGUAUACCUUUUGGCCCUCCUGGGAAACUGCUCUUUUCUGUUUAUCAUUAAGACAGACCCCAGCCUCCAUGAGCCAAUGUACCUCUUCCUCUGCAUGCUGGCUGUGGCUGAUCUGGUUGUGUGUACUACAGCUGUACCAAAACUUCUUAGCCUUUUCUGGUUCCAUGAUGGAGAGAUUCGCUUUGAAGCCUGCCUCACUCAAGUGUUCCUGAUUCACUCUUGCUCUACCAUGGAAUCUGGCUUCUUCCUGGCCAUGGCUUUUGACCGUUAUGUAGCCAUUUGUAACCCAUUAAGACAUUCAGGUAUUCUGACACACGCUGUAAUUGGGGGGAUGGGUCUAGCUAUAGUACUCCGGGGCACAGCACUUCUCAGUCCUCACCCCUUCCUGCUACGUUGGCUUCCCUACUGCAGAACCGAUAUCAUUUCCCACACCUACUGUGAGUUCAUGGCCCUCAUCAAGAUUGCCUGUGCUGAGACAAGAAUCCGUAGAGCCUACAGCCUCAUUGUUGCCUUCCUUACUGGUGGCCUGGACUUCAUAUUGAUCAUUUGUUCUUAUGUUCUCAUACUGCACACUGUCUUCCACCUCCCAUCCAAGGAUGCCCGAUUCAAGACCUUGGGUACCUGUGGCUCCCAUAUCUGUGUCAUCUUAGUGUCUUAUACUCCAGCCUUCUUCUCUUUCCUUACCCACAGGUUUGGGCACCAUGUGGCUCCCCAUGUCCACAUAUUUGUGGCCAACAUCUAUCUUCUGGUCCCACCCAUGGUGAACCCUAUUAUCUACGGGGUAAGGACCAAGAAGAUACGGGACAGGUUUCUUAAAUUUUUCACUUUUUCAAAGCCUGUGAAAUAAGUCUUUU